AUGCAUCGUAUUUUACCGGAGGUUGUGGAUAUCUUAUAUUCGUGUGUAUAUCCCGAACUAGUUUCAUUACCAAUCGAUAUGGAUAGUAGAAAUACAGCACAUGGACCUGAAGAAUAUCAGGAAUUAAUAGUUGAUUCAACUUCUAUUGCUAUUUCUCAACCAGAAGAUUCACAACAACGUAAAGCUUAUUUUUAUUCGAAAAGUGCAACGAAUUAUGCAUUUAAAAUACAAAUAGCUUGUGACUUUAAUCAUCGAAUAGUGCACGUUCCCGAAUGUUAUCUUGGAAGCAUCCAUGAUAUAACGAUUUUACGAGAGUCGGGUCUGUUAGAACAUGAACACGACUCUGUGCAGAUUAUUGCUGAUUAA